AUGCCAGAAACCAUGCCAGCUUCCAACCUCUCAGACUCCAGGCCGUAUGCAGACUAUACUGAGAGCGGCACCAUUGUAGUAAUCAGCCAACCCGCGGGACAGUCGUGCGCAGUUGUCGGGGGUAUAAUGGCAGCACGCAUGCAGCAUCUAGGUGCAGAGGGGAUUGUAGUCGACGGUCGGGUGCGAGACAUUACGGCUCUCAAUCAGACGCAGCUUCCCAUCUGGUCCAAAGCGACAUCUGUCAUCGGCGCAGGGGCUGAGACCAAGUUUCAUGCACACAAUGUGCCGGUAAGGAUUGGCGAGACGGUGAUUGAAGCAGGCGACAUCAUAAUGAUAGACCCAUUUGAGAAUGGUGUGGUCGCGGUGCCUCAGGGCAAGGUGGAGGAACUACUCGAGUUGCUGCCUAAGCUGGUCGAGGCGGACGAGAAGGUGGUUGCGGAUGUCGGAAGCGGCCACUCUGUUGGAGAAAUACAUGCUCUCCGAAUCAUCACCCACUCCUCCCGCUACCACCUGCACCCCAACUCGAGGACCCCCAAUUGCCCCGGAGCAUUCACAAUGGGUAUCACCGACUUCUUCACCGACGUCUGGGAGACCUUCUCCCACCCCUCGGCCGACGCCGAGGGCCAACCGCCUGUCCAAGGUGGCACCAGCACCAACACGCCCGCUUCCGGCACCGACGAGGAGAGCUCCGAAGAAGCCGAUGUCAACAAGCAGGACGCGAAGAGCGGCGGCGACUCCGGAGAGCAGGGACACAAGCCCAGUGAUGGUGGUGAGGAUGAGCCGGAGGAGGACGAGGAAGAGGAGGAGACGCCGGACCCCAAGGAGCAACUCGAGAAGGAAUGCGCCGAGUCCAAGGAGUGCCACGGCCCCAAGCACCACUACGACGAGUGCGCUCAACGGGUGACAGGCCAGAUUGAGAACGACGGCAAGGCCAGCGAGGACUGCGUUGAAGAAUUUUUCCACCUUGCUCACUGCGCAUCCCAAUGCGCUGCCCCCAAGCUCUUCGCUCAGCUCAAGUAA